AUGAGCACAAGCCGCCUCAGCACUAGCCACUUUCAAGUAGCAUUGGGGGCAUCGUAUUCUUUCGAAUCGUGGAGAGACGGGGAUAUUGACUCGUACCUUGCGCUGAGGAUCAUGAAGAACUGGGGGGACUUUCCCCUCCGAGGCAGGUCGACUGGCUUCCAGAUCACGGAAACCCCCAUUAUGGGAUUCUCGCCCUGGGUGAUCCCACAGCAGCUGGUCGCACUAGAUGACAUGUCUGAGACAUGA